AUGUCGUCCACACCCCUGGUUCCCUGCCAGCGGGGGCAGGCCUCCUCGCUCCUCCGUCUGAAGCACUCCUUCAACACAACCGGCGCCGGCGGCGAUUCCACCACCUUCCGGUCAUGGGUCGCCGGCACGGACUGCUGCAGCUGGGAAGGCGUCAGCUGUGGCAACGCAGAUGGACGUGUAACCAGCCUCGACUUGCGCGGCCGGCAGCUGCAAGCUGGCGGCGGCCUUGACCCAGCUCUGUUCGGCCUGACCUCGCUCACCCACCUCGACCUCUCCGGCAACGACUUCAACAUGUCCCAGCUCCCAUCCGCCGGGUUCGAGCGGCUCACCGCUCUCACCCACCUUGACCUCUCCGACACCAACUUGGCAGGCUCGGUGCCGUCUGGCAUCAGUCGCCUCAAGAACCUGGUUCAUCUUGAUCUCUCAACGAGGUUCUGGGUCGUUGAUUUCGACGACAAAAACAGCGAAAUUCACUACACCUCGGACUCCAUUUGGCAGCUUUCGGCGGCAAACCUUGACACUCUACUUGAGAAUCUCACGAACCUGGAGGAGCUCCGUUUGGGCACGGCGGACCUGUCCGGCAACGGGCCGCGAUGGUGUCACGACGUGGCCAAAUUCACUCCUAAGCUUCAGGUUCUCAGCUUACCAUACUGCUCGCUGUCAGGUUCCAUAUGUAAAUCCUUCUCGGCAUUGGAGUUUCUCAGAGUGAUCGAUCUUCAUUAUAAUCACUUGUCUGGUUCAGUGCCAGAGUUCUUGGCUGGCUUCUCCAACCUAACAGUUCUUCAGCUUUCGACAAAUAAGUUUGAUGGAUGGUUCCCUCCCAUCAUAUUCCUACACAAGAAGUUACAAACACUUGACCUCUCUGGAAAUCUUGGGAUCUCUGGUGUUCUGCCAACUUAUUUCACGCAGGACACCAACAUGGAGAAUCUGUUUGUCAACAACACCAACUUCUCAGAACUGCGAAUUGCCGAUAUCUCUUCAAACCACUUCACUGGUACAUUGCCAGUAGGAUGGUUUAAGAUGCUCAAGUCUAUGAUGACCAGAUCUGAUAACGAGACAUUAGUCAUGCAAAAUCAAUAUCACCAUGGGCAAACAUACCAUUUUACAGCGGCAAUAACAUACAAAGGGAAUUACAUGACCAACUUGAAUAUAUUGAGGACCCUUGUGCUGAUGGAUAUCUCAGACAAUGCAUUCUGCGGUACCAUCCCUGAGUCCAUUGGGGAACUUGUGCUCCUUCUCGGGCUCAACAUGUCUCAUAAUGCUCUAGAAGGGCCAAUUCUAGCUCAAUUUGGCAGCUUAAAACAACUUGAAUCAUUGGACCUCUCCUCAAAUGAGCUUUCUGGUGAGAUCCCAGAGGAGCUAGCAUCACUGAACUUCCUUUCGACUUUGAAUCUGUCCUAUAACAUGUUGGCUGGACGAAUACCAGAGUCAUCUCAGUUCUCCACAUUUUCCAAUAGCUCUUUUCUGGGGAACACUGGUUUAUGUGGACCUCCAGUGUUGAAACAAUGCAGCAACCGAACAGAUACAAGCCUGAUACAUGUUUCAGAGGACUCUAUAGAUGUCCUGCUCUUCAUGUUCACUGCAUUGGGAUUUGGCAUCUUCUUUUCAAUUACAGUAAUAGUGAUAUGGGGACGCCACAGCCGAAAGUGA